UACUAGGUUAUCUACACUAUAUUUAGAAUUUUAUCACACAUGUCAUACAUAUCAUUAUAUAAAAGCAGUUGUCAACAAUCAUUGCAUAGUGAAACAAAUUGUGUUGCCGAACAUUAAACGGUAAAACUGCAGAGAAUUUUUAAACCGGUGAACAUGAAGCUUUAUACUAUAAAUCCACUUUACACGUCUCUGUUUUCGGUGCUUAUUUUUGCGGCAUUAACCUCUUCAUUCUCAAUGUCAUAUGACAAUGGACGAACAUUCAUAAAUUCAAAAUAUGAAAUAGUUUAUGGAGGAAACAAAACUUUAAAGAUAGAUGGAGCUAAUUUCCCAGGAUUGAAAAGCUAUAGGAGAUUGACAGUUGAUGAAAUACUAAAAAUACAGGAGAGAAAGAAAAAUAUUGCUGAACGGAGAAAAAAGGAGCGGGAAGAGCAGGAAAAAGAAAAGGAGAACAAGCGAAGACAGCUUGAGGAAGAGACAAAAAAAAAUAAUCAGAAAAGACUUAAUGCCGAAAGAGCAGAACGUGAAGCAAAUGCAGCUCAACGUGAAGCGAAAAGAGUACCGCGUGAAACGGAAGGAAGAAUAAGUCAGAAACAGCGUACGUCUAAAAAUAUACAAAAUAAAAAACCCAGUCGGGUAGCGAGUACAAAAAAGUUACCCCCAAAAAAAAAUACAACAACUAUAGGUAUGGGCUUUUAAGAUCAUUUAUUUCUAUUUUAGUUUGAUCAAUGAUCAUGAUGUAGUUCAGUUAAAUUGUUAUAACUGCGGUAUGUCGGCCAUUUCAUAAGUUAUUAAUAAAAUACUGUAAUCUAUAAUCAAUCAUAACAUAAUCUUCAUAAUGAAUAACCAUUUAAAAUAAUUAGCAUUUAGUAUUACACAUGUACACUAUAAUUAUUAUUUUACAUUAUACGAUGUUAUUACGCUUAUAUAUUUGGUAUAAAACUGUAAAUUAUCUACACAUUACAAUAUUCAAAA